ACUCAGACUUAUUCCAACUUGUUUUUGACUGACAGUGAGGGAAGGGAGACUCUCUGAGGGUUGUUGGGGUUUUUUGUUGGGGUUUUAUUUUUUUUUUUUUUUAAACCAUGCACACAUGCUUUAUUGAAAAGACAUCCAACCUUUUAUAAAAAACAUUGUUUGACUUGUCAUGACGAUAACAUCUAGUAAGGAAUCUGAACAUUGCUCUUUUACAGAUGACCGCUGCUGGCUGCUGCCAGUGAUAAGGGAGGGCAGCAGAGGCAGCGCUGCUCUGAGGCGGCAUGACAGAUCCUCUCUUCCCUUAUCAGUGUGGCAGAGAAGAAGGGAAGUAUUUCUGCAGGGAAAGGAAACCAAGAUGAAUUUCCCUGGAGAGGAAAGAGCACUAGAGGAAUUCAGGAUCACACAGGAAAAAGUGAUGUAAGAGAAAAAAAUAGGAAGCAAAUCAACACAAAAAAUACCCUACCACCAAAAAAAGCACCAGAAAUUGGCUGGGAUCCAUUUCAGGAAAUCACUGUAAAGCUGAGUAACUUUGUCACAUACAGAAAUACAAAUCAAGUGAGGACACAAAAGAUGACAGGGGAGCUCUGAUACAGCCUCUUUCAUCUAUGGCGGACUUCAAAACGAACAGCUCUGCUAUGCUGACCUCAUAUGUGGAGAUCAACUUUACGCAUGGGGACAGUAAAGAGGCACAGCGAGAAACAGCUUUGGUUGUGAUUUGAAACACAGUCUGGAGCAUGCCAGACAUCGCCUAGGGCUGCAGCAAAGCAGCCUGAAAUAAGCCUGAAAUGGCAAAUUUUGCAGCUGUCCGUCUGUUGAUGUAGUCCAGGGAAGACGUUGCGCCUUGCAACUGCCUUCCUACCUCCCAUCUUGUUGGGAGAACUCUUCUGCUAUGGCAUUUGGGGCAUUAAAGAAAACCUGCUCAGUAAUCAAAAAGAGCCUCUUCUCUAGAGAAACGACUGAAGCAGUGAGCAUGGAAACAACAAAGAUUAAUAUGUCCCGUGUCCCACUGGUUAAUGGAGGCAUUGACACUGCUAUGCUCAAGGCACACAAACCCCGUGUGAUGUCCAAAAGUGGUCACAGCAAUGUGCGGAUAGACAAGGUCGAUGGCAUUUACCUACUCUACCUUCAAGAUUUGUGGACUACAGUUAUAGACAUGAAGUGGAGGUACAAACUCACCUUAUUUGCUGCUACUUUUGUUAUGACCUGGUUCCUCUUUGGAGUUAUCUACUAUGCCAUUGCAUUCCUUCAUGGUGAUUUAGAAAUAAACAAGUUCACCCCAAAGCGCGAGCCGUGUGUCAAGAAUGUAGACUCUCUGACUGGGGCAUUCCUCUUCUCCCUGGAGUCACAGACAACCAUUGGCUAUGGAUUUCGUUUCAUUACAGAGGAGUGUCCUCAUGCCAUUUUCUUACUUGUGGCCCAACUGGUCAUCACCACUUUGAUUGAAAUCUUCAUCACAGGUACCUUUCUGGCCAAAAUUGCAAGACCUAAAAAAAGGGCGGAGACUAUUAAAUUCAGCCACUGCGCUGUCAUUACUAAACACAAUGGAGAACUUUGCCUGGUGAUCAGAGUAGCAAAUAUGAGGAAGAGCCUUCUGAUACAGUGUCAGCUGUCUGGGAAGCUUCUUCAGACGUAUGAAACCAAAGAAGGGGAGCGGAUCCUGCUGAAUCAAGCCAGUGUCAAGUUCAAUGUUGACUCCUCUUCAGAGAGUCCAUUUCUCAUUUUGCCUUUAACCUUCUACCAUAUUUUGGAUGAAAGCAGCCCUUUGAGAGAUCUCACACCUCAAAAUCUCAAGGAGAAGGACUUUGAGCUUGUGGUGCUCCUGAAUGCCACGGUGGAGUCCACCAGUGCUGUCUGCCAAAGCAGGACUUCCUACAUCCCUGAGGAGAUCCACUGGGGCUAUGAGUUCGUGCCUGUGGUUUCUCUCUCUCCAAAUGGAAAGUAUGUUGCGGAUUUCAGUCAGUUUGAGAAGAUUCGGAGAAGCACUGAUUCUACUUUUUAUAGUAUGGACUCUGAAAAACAAAAACUAGAGGAGAAAUACAGGCAGGAGGAUCAAAGAGAGAGGGAACUGAGAACGAUGUUGUUACAGCAGAGCAAUGUUUGAUUGAAUGGACAAAUUAUUCUGAUUAAUUCUUUUUGCAAACUGAAAAAAACAUAUUCUCUGUGCUGUAUGUCUGCUAUGAAACCAGCAGCGAACUCCUUUUCAGCAAAUAGCUUUGGUGUAUAGUAAACCUAUCCCUUUGUUUGGCUGAGUUGUUAAUCAACUAUUUUGUAAUUAGGCAGGUUUUCUUUGUUCAUGAUCGUGACUUAGCAAAGUUGGAUUUGUAUUAAGUCUCUGCCUUAUACCACCACUACAAGCAGACACACCACUUUCCGUUUGGAAAGUGAAACUGGAGGCACCGUGCUGAUUCCUUCAAAUAUUUAUUUGACAUGGUUUUACUGUGAACAUGUAUUCACAGAGACAGCACACAGUACUGCUAGAAGAAAAUAUACUCCUUUAAAAUAUGUAUAUUUAAAAUGCAUAUUCUCAUACCAGGUAUUGCCUUCACGAGGAUUCCUGGCACUGAAAGUAAGUUGAUUGGAGAGACGAAUGGUUGGAUGUGGGAAAAGCCUGCAGGGAAGUGAUAAACUCCUUCUUAAAUCUUGAAGGAGGGUGACGGAGUAGUCGUGCUGAGUGGUGAGGAAGGGAGCUUGCUCUCUGUGUCUGCUACUCAGAGCUUGUUUUGUUAUUAUUUUGUGAUCACUUACUUUUUUAACCUUAUUAAUGCCUGGUUUGUAUAUAAUAGAAAAAAGAGGAGAUGAGGGCAAGAUACCCGGAAUCAUAACAGUAAUCAAGUAAGGUUAAAGCUGGCUUUGAGACACCUGCUUUUUAUCCAAUGUAAAUAGUUUGUAAUAGCAGCAUAACAAUACAUUUCUACAGGUUGCUUGCUUUGCUAUGGACCAUAUUUAAUUCUGGUUAAAAGAAAGCUGUAUAAUGUCUGUAGACAACAUUUACUUUUUCUAGCAACCAUAAAGGACAAGCAUUCCUUUGAUCCAUUUCAUUUUUGGUCUAUUAAAACCAUUCCAUUAAUAAAGGAAUUUAAUUUGAG